AACUGCACUUGCCCCUUAGUCGCGCUCCGACAGCCGAGCUGAGCGUGUCAAGUAAGUCGCAGUUCAUGGGUAAAAAAUUGCAGUUUGUAAGGCGCCUUUUCCGCCGUGGCCGGUCGGCGGACACCGGCGGUGGCCAUGCCGGCCGCGACAACGACGACCGGGACAGCGCCGACACCUGGACCACCAGCGGCACCAGCACGUCGUUGUCGCCGUCGAGCAUCGGCGCCGGUGAGACGUUCGGAAACAUCGCGUUGAAGAACUCCUCGGGGGUGUACCUCGGCAGCAGCACGCACACGCAUUUCCAUGGGCCUGUCACCCAAGUCGUGGCUCGCAGCAGGCUUCCACCAGUCGUCCAGGGCCGGGCGCACGACCAACAAGCAUUGCUGCCGCCGGCCGCCACCCAGGACCAGCAGCACCUACACGAUGCGCAAAGACCGGGGCAGCAGCCCGAGCUUCACGCCACCGUCGCUCUUGAUCUUUGGAAUGAGCUGUGUUGUGUUAGUACUGCGGUCGAGGUCAUAAUUCUCUUGUUUAGCAUUAUGUUUGUCGUCACCAUGCAUGUCACACUAGGGCCUAGUUCGAGCGAGGAGGAAUAUACUGCGACAACCACCGCGACCGCGGUCUGGACCCCGAAUGCACCAAACGAAGAUUAUAAUUCUACAGCGACUCAGAGCGCAAUCCCCAGCUCGCACCCACGCUCAGACUCAGAUCUGUCCCUAAAUUGUUUAUUCUUAUUAUUGAUUUGUUUCUAUCUUUGGGGACAGAACACCGGAAAUCAGUAUUUUCUGACCAUUAGUGGCACGGAGUACCGGGCGCUGCAACACGCAGAGUACAUGGGCCACAAUGGAUUUCACCGUCGCGGUGGUCAGCCAAGAAAUAACCAAAUCGCUAACAAUAGAAACAGAAGACCUGCAUUUCAAAACUACGACUGGCAAUACUAAAACAAAAAAUAAAUAACCGAAAUAAAUUAAUAAAAAUAACCGAAAA